AUGUCUGCGCCGUCUCCGUCUCCGACCCCGAAACCCGUCCCGGGCUUUGAAGCUCUGUCCAACCAGAUCUACGUCCAACGGCCGGCUCCGGACGCGCCCGUCGGCGGCGCCACGGAUCCCACCACCGUGCUGCUCUACGGCUGGGGCGAUGGCCUCGCCAAGCACGUCGUCAAGUACACUGCCGGCUUCCGCGUCCUCUACCCGCGCGCCAGGAUCAUCAUGGUGCUCUCGCCCUUGAGCGAGGCCAUACGCCGCUCCCUCGAGCACAAGGCCGACAACAUGCUGCCCGUCGUCGACGAGAUAUUCAGCGGCGGUGCCAAGGUCGACCCCGACGAGCGCCUCCUUGUCGAGGUCAUGUCCAACACGGGCGGCCUCUUCUUCGCCGCCACCCUCAAAGCCUACGAGCACAGGUUCGGCCCCGGCGCCCACAUGCCCCACGCCCUGCUGCUCUGCGACUCGACCCCCGGCGGCGUCGUCUUCCGCGACAACGUCGGCCGCUGGGCCCGCGCCAUGGCCAUGGGCCUCGCCCCGGCCCUGCCCUGGCCCUCUGCCCUCACCCGGGCCCUCUGCUACCUCUUCUUCUGGGGCAACCACCUGUACGAGCUGGCCAUCGGCCGCGAGGGCGCCGGCUCCUACGCCUCCCGCUCCAUCAACGACCCGCGCCGCGAGCCCCUGACCGCCGCGCGCGCCUACUUCUACUCCAAGGAGGACGACCUGAUCCCCUGGUACGAUAUAGAGGAGCACGCGGCCGAGGCCCGCUCCAAGGGCUACCACGUCACCGCCGAGAUCUUCGAGGGCAGCCCCCACGUCGGCCACAUGCGCCUGCACCCGGAGCAGUACUGGGGUGCCGUGUCGCGCGUCUGGAACGAGGCGCUGGCACUGCAGGAGGCUGGCGACAAGAGCGAGUGA